CAAUAACAACAAUUAAGAAAAGGAAAGAAAUUCAACUUUGAUCUCUUCCACUUAUAUCUCUCAGCUUCAAAGGUCUCUCUCUUCCUUUUUUUGCAGGUUUUUCCACUUUGUCUCACUAUUUCUGCACAACACCAUCACCAAAUCCAUCUUUUUUUUGUAGCACCUACCUCAAUAGUACCAGGAAGUAUUUAAGUCCUCUAUCUAUCUCUUCUUGUAAUUAAUGAGCCAAGAAGUUACAUCCAUCCACUUCUAAGUCUCAAGACUAAACCUAAUUUUUUCAUUUUAUGAGGUACUAAAAGCCUAAUUUCUUCUGGCCUAAAGCUUUCAAAAUCAAGAAAAAGAACCCUAAUCUCUCCAACCCUACUUUGGAUCAUAUCUUUUUUAAGUUAUGGAUCUGAUCUCUCAAGAGCACAAUAUCAAGAACCCUAAUACCACUCUCACAACACAGCCUUCUUCUUCUUCUUCUUCUCCACCAUCCUCUAGCCGCUACGAGAACCAGAAACGCCGUGAUUGGAACACUUUCUGCCAAUACCUUAGAAACCAUCGUCCACCGCUCUCGCCACCGUCUUGCAGCGGCGAACACGUCCUAGAGUUUCUGCGUUACCUUGACCAGUUCGGAAAAACCAAAGUCCACCACCAAAACUGCUCUUUCUUUGGCCUCCUAAAUCCUCCGGCUCCUUGUCCUUGUCCUCUCCGGCAAGCUUGGGGUUCACUUGACGCCCUUAUCGGUCGUCUCCGUGCCGCCUACGAGGAGAACGGUGGAGUUCCAGAGACUAGCCCUUUUGGCUCACGUUCAGUCAGGAUUUUUCUCAGGGAGGUUAGAGAGUUCCAGGCUAAAUCUCGUGGCGUUAGCUACAAGAAGAAGAGGAAGACGGUCAAUAACAAGCAAAUAACUCAAUCGAGUUCUCAGCCGCCUCUACAGCCGCAGCCACAACAGCAUCAGCAUGGUCAGUCUAUUAUGUCUAAUUAUAAUUAAUUACCACGGUCAACUAGAUGAUAUUGUACAACUUCGAUAAAUGUACGUUCGUAUCUAUCUAUUUAUACGUACCAUUCCCUUGUAUUUGUGUAAUGUAAUAUCCCUACUUUACUCCAUCCACCGCUAUUGUUUCUUGAACUAGUGUUUUGUCUUUUUAAUAAUUGGUCUUAUAUAUAUAGAUUAUGAGUAUCUUAACCUCUUCUGUAAAUCACAAUCAUUCAAGAUAAAACAUCAACGUUUUAUAAAAUCGAUUCUCGAACAUUACUUAACUAACUGAUAUCAGAUGACGAAUAAAUAUUUUAUCCUGUCAGUGAUAGUAAUUAAAUUACAUAAUGUAACAAGUUUUGUCGUUAAUAAAACGUAUACUAUGACACGGAAUAAAUGCACAGAAAGUUGACGGUGAGUACAUAUGUAAAUACCAUAUAACAAAGGUAAAUAAGACCAACGAUUCAUGAAGAUUGAAGAUGAAGAAAAUUCAUAAGUAUAAGCGAUACAUAUCAGUACAAAUUGAACCCUAACACUAUCAUUCAUAAAAUUAUCGACAUCUACAUCAUAGUUACAGUUAUGAUAUAGACAUAUAUGUACACUCAUUAGCGUAUGAACCUGUGCUAAAAUUUUGAUGCGGAUAUACAGUACUUGAAUACGAAUUGGAUUGACAAAGCAUUAUAGUUGAAAACGUUACACAAUAUACAAGUUUUUAAAGGUAACUCUAAACCUAUCUAGCUAUUAUUACAAAAGGACAAAAUAAGGUCAUAUUGUCAAUUAUUGAUGACAGCUAAUCUUGUGACACACAUUUCUUUUUUUUCCCGUCUGAAAAUAUUCAUUCAACGAAGAGAUACACGAUUGAUACACAAACUGGCGGAAAACAAAGAUAUCCCCAGAAACAUAAGCCCAAAGAAAGGCACCUAAAACCCACACCGGGAGUGACUUACAAAAACAAGAACACAAACACAUACACUCCGACAAAAGGAAAUUACAUAACCCACCAUGAUAAUAGUACACUAAGCUUGCACCAGUCUCUGAACGAGAUAUAUCGUUGUCCGGCUGACCAAACGAUAACUUCAACCUCUACCAACACCUACCAACACCGAGAGCACUCCUCUCCACCUCAAAGAAACCAGACUUUAUAACCC